UCACGACUUCGUUGAGUUAAGCCGAUUUUUCUGUAGUCGCAAGGAUGGUAUUCGAGAAGGCCUCUCGUCCGUCGUUGAAUCUGACGCACGAGAAUGUGGUCUGGAUGAUGGGGUAGCUAGCGAGUCGCGACUGCUAGAUAAAAAGGUACGCGUCGUCGAAGGUUCUGAAAGAGACAAGUUAUAUAAAGAAUCGCAUCCAAAACGUUGUCAGCUGGUACCAGUGAUGCUGUCGUUCUCUCUCCGAGGUGGGAACAUAGGCAUGCUUCUUUCGGUUUUCUCGCGAACUUUCAUCACAGGUCCCGCUGUUACCUGA